GCUCAGAGGAGCAGGCCGCCGCCGCCGCCGCCAUGGAGGCGAAGCCCAGCGAGCUGGUGCUCUGCGACAGCCUCAUGCUCUGGUUGCAGACAUUUAAUACCUCUGGACCCUGCAAAGAUGUUCAAGACUUGACAAAUGGUGUUGCAAUGGCACAGGUACUUCAUCAAAUAGAUGUUGCCUGGUUUGAUGAAUCAUGGCUAAGCCGUAUUAAAGAAGAUGUUGGUGACAACUGGAGAAUAAAGGCCAGUAAUCUGAAAAAGGUUCUGCAAGGAAUUAUGGACUACUAUCAUGAGUUUUUAGGUCAGCAGAUUUCAGAAGAACUUGUUCCUGACUUAAAUCAGAUAUCUGAACAUUCGGAUCCUACAGAGCUGGGCAGGUUACUGCAGCUUAUUCUAGGUUGUGCAGUCAACUGUGAAAAGAAACAAGAACAUAUCCAAAAUAUAAUGACCCUAGAAGAGUCUGUUCAACAUGUUGUUAUGGCUGCUAUUCAAGAGCUCAUGAGCAAGGAAAUACUGAAUUCUGUCACAAAUGAUACAUCUGGUGAAAUGGAGCAACAGAUGAAAAGAGCCCUUGAAGACCUUCAAGAAGCACUAGCAGAAAAAGAAGAACUGAAGCAAAGAUGUCAAGAACUAGACCUGCAGGUCUCAGUCUUCCUUGAUAUUUUCCAAGAAUAUAAGAAAGCUGCCCUUCAAGAUGAAAAAAACAGCUUGAUGUCUGAAAACGAGGUCAUGAAUGACAGAUUAGACCAGUUAGAUGGCUCUCUUGAUGAUCCAAAUACUGUUGUUGCAAAAAAGUAUUUCCAUGUACAGCUGCAGCUAGAACAACUGCAGGAAGAAAACUUCAGGCUUGAAGCUGCAAAGGAUGAUUAUCGUGUUCACUGUGAAGAUCUGGAGAAACAACUGAUUGAGCUGCAACAUAGAAAUGAUGAGUUGACCUGUUUGGCAGAAGAAUCUAGGGCCCUAAAAGAUGAAAUUGACAUUCUUAGAACUUUUGCAGAUAAGGCAAGUAAACUGGAGUCAACAGUUGAAGUGUAUCGUAAAAAACUGGAGGACUUGAAUGACUUCCGCCGACAGGUGAAGUCUCUGCAAGACACCAACAUGAUGUAUAUGCAUAAUACAGUCAGCCUAGAGGAAGAGCUAAAGAAGGCAAAUGCAGCACGUGCUCAGCUGGAAACAUACAAAAGGCAGGUCCAGGAGCUUCAUAACAGACUUUCGGAGGAGUCCAAAAGAGCUGAUACUUUAGCAUUUGAAUUGAAGCGACUUGAAGAAAAGCAUGAAGCUUUAUUCAAAGAAAAAGAGAGACUUAUAGUACAGCGUGAUGCUCUGAAAGAAACUAAUGAAGAGCUCCGGUGUUCUCAGAUGCAACAGGAUCGCCUGAAUCAAGCAGAUGCAUCUGCUGUAAAAAGUCAUGAGAAUCUUGCUGCUGAAAUUCUACCAGUGGAAUACAGAGAAAUGUUUAUUCGACUGCAGCAUGAAAACAAGAUGCUUCUCUUGCAACAAGAAGGUUCAGAAAAUGAACGUAUUGUAGAACUCCAGGAACAGCUAGAGCAAAAGCAUCGGAUGAUGAAUGAACUGGAAACAGAAAAAAGGCUAAGCAAUGAGCGUAUUGGAGAGCUGCAGCAACAGAUUGAGGAUCUCCAAAAGGCUUUGCAGGAGCAAGGAUCCAAGACAGAAGGAUCCAGCAAGCUGAAGCAGAAGAUAGAAGCACAAAUGGAAAAACUGAAUGAAGUCCAUGAUGAAUUACAGAAAAAAGAGGCACUUUUUGCAGAGCUCCAGCCAGAUGAAAAUCAGAACUCUCAAAAGAUUGAUGAGCUGGAGGCAGCUUUGCGUAAAAAAGACGAAGACAUGAAAGCAAUGGAAGAAAGAUAUAAAAUGUACCUGGAGAAAGCAAGAAAUGUGAUAAAAACCUUAGACCCCAAACUAAAUCCAGCAUCAGCAGAAAUUAUGUUGCUGAGAAAGCAGCUAAUAGAGAGAGACAAAAAAAUUGAAGCACUGGAGAGUGAAUGUAAGAUUGCCAAGUUACGUGAUUAUGAAGAAAAGCUAAUUGUAUCUGCGUGGUAUAACAAGAGCCUGGCUUUCCAGAAGCUCAGUAUGGAAUCCAGACUGGUGGGUAGCAGUACCUGCAAAGACCCUGGGUCAUGUCCUCCUGGACGCUCUUUUCUAGCACAGCAACGACAUGUCACCAAUGCCAGACGGAAUCUCUCUAUUAAAGUACCUAAUGCAACAUCGGAUUAAACCACAAAGGAAACGUUUACACUAAAGUGUCCUUAAAAUAUUUUGUGGCUUCCAUUGUAACUACCUGACCGAGGAAGAGGUUGUGAUGCUGGGCUUCAGCUAUUUUAACAUCAAAACUUAUUGAAUACACAAUGGUAAAUUAAUUUGGUGAAUGGUUUCUAAAAAUCAUCAGCACACGUAGUCUACGAAAGACUGUUGCGCCAGCAACCUUUUCUAAAAAGCAGCACUUAGAUGGAAGUAGAUUUGAAUAACUGAAGUAUGUGUUUACAAGCACAGCUUUAAAGGUUUAUAUUUGUCUUCAUAGUAUAUUGUAUAUAAAUACAAAAAAUUGGCAAUAUAUAUUAUAUUUAAUAUUUUUAGUCUGGAAUUGACUGAUUUUUUUUAGCAGAAGAACAAUUUUUGGAAAACAUCAUAAAAUUGAUAACACUAGGUAUAUUUGCUGGAUCUUUAUAACAUAAAGAAAAAUCAGUCCUUUGGCUAGAAGAGUCCAUAGUUUUAAAAUGAUGCAUUUGUGAAUCAAGAGAAUUUUGGCAUUCCAAAACUGUUUAGUGACUUCAGGACUUAACUUUUAAGACAGAAAAUAUAUCACUAUCUCAAUCAAGAAGCAGAAAGUUUCAAUCUACUUAAAAUGGUAACUACUUAAUUUGUUUAAAUUUGUGUAUAUACUUCUUAAGGAAAACCUGUCUUUAACGUGCUGAAUUCACUAAAGCCAAAAAGUCUGUCUGUUUGAAUUAAUAUAGUAGUCAAUAAUGUUUUUUAAAAAAACAACACUUUUAAAAUGUAGUUGUAUUAUAUAAUUUUUAUUACAGUCUUUGGGAGGGGGGAAAUCCCUAAUAUUUAUUCAGUUCAGUUAAACAGCUUUGCGCAUAAAAAUCACUCUUUCAUUCCUCAGGUUUUUAUAUAUUUUCUUUAAUUACUGUGAACUAAUCACAUCAAGCAGACAGGCUAAUGGAGAGAUCUUUGCGCAUGGUUAGUAACAUAGAUUGUUUGGCAUGGAAAAGAUAAAGGUACAAGACAUCCGGUAUCCCAGACCUCGGAAGAUGAACAUAGCUAGAUGGAUUGGUGUGAAAUUUAUCUGUAUCAUUAAAUUUAUUAAAUGUAAUUUGGGAUAUUGCAGAUUAUGUACUAUCUGUAUUUUAUGACUUCUAAACCAAACUUUGUACUUUGGGAUAAUUUAAGCAUUAUACCCAGAUGUAUAGACACUCUUUCCUUAAACCUGUUUAUUAGAUCAUUUUAACAGUAACUUUAAUAAAAAUUUGUUUCACACCUAUCCAUACAGCACUUCAGUUGACAUUUAUUUACAACAUGGCUAUUUUCACAUCAAAAACUUAUAAAAAAGCACCUUUAAAAAAGAUUUUUUGAAUUUUCCAUGAUCUUUAUAAACUGACUAGACCAGUCUGUCACAUCAAUAGUAAAAUAACACAGUGAAUAAAGUCACAGCAGACUUAAAAGAAACCUAAUCUAGCAAACUAAGCUAAAUAUGUGAGGCUACCAUACCUAUAGUAUAGUAAACAUCACAUGCUUGGAUUAAAAGAAUGUGUGUAUCUUUUCAAUAUUAAAGCCAUAUUAAUUUGAAAGCUGGACUCAAUUUUGCUUGCAAAAUUCAAAAUUAGGUCUUUUUGAGUUUGUAAUGAAAUAUGAAUUUUGAGUAGCUUUGCAUUUCAUUAGAUACUUCACAAGCCUCUAAAUAAGGCUUAUCUUUUGAUCUCUUGCUGUCCUAAGGUCCUGAUCAUUCUGGAAAUGGACCUCCUGCAUGAUUCCACAGGAAAAGUCUGUCCACUCGUUCAGUUUGUGUUUCUUUAAAAAAGUGUUUUGCUCUCUUUACAGUAUUAUAAAUAUCAGCAUUCAAUUUGAUUUCCUCCUAAAAUGUUUAUCAAUAGAGAGAGCUGAAAUCUAACCGUAUACUAAACUUAUUUGUAAUAAAUAUUCUAAUUGAAUUAUUGAUAUUUUGUCUUUCAAGUUCUGUCCUGCAGAAUUCUGUGCUUCUGUUGAUGUCUCUUAGUGAUGCAUUGAUAUUGCUGGAUUGUGUUUUUGUAUGUUUCUAAGCUUUGAUUGCCUACUAUUUGAUUGAAAUGGGUGGGUGGGUGGGAAGGCAACUUUUGCAGAUGUCUUAGCAUGACUCUUACGUUUAAAAGGUUUGGUAUUUUAGUAUGUUCUUUGUGAAAUGUGGAACAGAAUUAUCACUAAUAUCAUUGAAUAGGUGUUUUUCCCUGUAAAUGCGAUUUCACAAACACGGUAAUUCUUCGGCUUCCUUUUGAAAGCAAUCAUCUAGAAUAUAAUCCUAAUGGAUUCUGUCAUAUGUUAUCACAUUAGUGUUGCAGUGUCAAUAUCGAAAGUCAGGUGCUAGUAGGAAUAGAACCCUUUCACCAACCCUUCUCAAAACUGCAGACACCAGUUCCAAAGAACUUGAAUGAGGAAUAUGAUCCCUUUUACUUAGGCCUAGUCUUCACUUACCGGCUGGUCCGGCGGCACGCCAUCGAUGUUCUGGGAUCGAUUUAUCGCGUCUGGUUAAGACGCGAUAAAUCGAUCCCGGAUCGAUCCCGGAAGUGCUCACAGUCGGCGCCGGUACUCCAGCUCGCCGAGAGGAGUACGCGGCAUCGACGGGGGGAGACUUCCUGCCGCGUCUGGACUGCGGUAAGUUCGGACUAAGGUACUUCGAAUUCAGCUACGUUAUUAACGUAGCUGAAUUUGCGUACCUUAGUCCGAUUUGGGGACUUAGUGGGGACCAGGCCUUAGCUGAGGCUGUGUCAGCUAAGUAGCAGUAAGCAUUUUAGUGGUUACUCAAGGACAGCUUGGAUCUUCAGAGAAGGAUUAUCUGUAUGAGGUGUUUCUGGGAUGGCCAUCACUAUGUAUUUAGCAGUCAGAUGAAAUUUUACUUAGAAUUAUUGGAACUGGUAAAGCAGUAUGUCACUUCUUUACUAUCUGUUCAGGACUAGUUAGAAGUUGUAAAAGAACUAUUUUCACAAGUCUGGUUAAAUUUGGACCUCCACCUGCGAGUGAGGAAUUGAUCAACAGACCUCAGUAUUUGAUCACGAGCCAUUAAGCUACUAUUCAUUUCCACUUGUUUUAAGGUGGUAUAAUAAAAAAUGCAGUAGGAUUAACCUUUAUAUUGAGCAUGUUUUGAGAAUCUUUAUUGAUGGCACGCUCUUUAGAAAAGUGUUGAAUUAUUUAGCUACAAAUUACUGAGCUAUGUACAAUUGGUAUUGUUUCCCAGAUUUACUUAGUGUGGACAAUUGGGGUGAUCCAGAGACUAGGGCUAUUGGCUGUCUCGUGAUAAAUCUAAUUUAUGUUGUGUCCAGAUGUCACCACUAUAAAUGCACACAGAUUAUUAAAUGAGAUAAUUGACUCCUGCUGUAUUUCUCCAGUACAGCUAAUAAUGUUGGAAAGAAGUAACUUUCUAAUAAAGCUGGUAAUAUAGAUCCAAUGAUGAAAGAAAAAAUCCCCUUUGCACCCUAUGUUGUAAAUUACUAGAGCGUUGUUUCAUGGAUGGUUUUGGGGAUAGAGAUUUCACUUGGUGUGAGACCAUUUAAUUUGUAAUAAGAUAUUCGUAUGGGAUUAACUCUGCCCCUUUGGUUGAAAUAUGGGUGUUCUGGUGGUUCCCAUUAAUAAUUCUAAUUUUGGAUUAUUAGAUUUCUGUCAUUCCUAGGUAUAUCAGGCAGCUUUAAUACACCUAUAUUUUAAGAGCUUAAGAUACAUUCAGUGAAAUUAAUGAAAAUUUCACCUAAUAUUGGUUUUUUUCUUAACGAGAAAUAUGCAAAAGUAUUCUGUUUUCUAUCAUAAGCAUUUACUUGGUGACAACUAGUAGAAGCAAUACUAAUGUUUUAUUAAGCAGUCAUAGAUUAGGAAUUUUUUUAAAUAACAAAUGCUACUUAGUUAAUGAUGUCUAAUAAAGUAACUUUCCCAAACCUUUUACUUUUGUUUCCACUCGUUCUGCCAGGUUUGAGGUUUACUGUGUAUCAAUGUCUAAAUUUUCUGUUUUUAAAACAAACGUAAAGACUGUGUUAUCACAUAGAACUGGAAAAAAAUUGCACUAAUUUUUAAACUCUGGUUUUAUUCUUUCUCUGGAAAAUAUUAUUUUAUAUUCACAUAAAGAUUUUUAAAAUGAA